UAUUUUGGUGAAAUUUCUAUUGGAACACCACCGCAAACAUUUAGUGUAGUAUUUGAUACAGGAUCAUCAAAUUUCUGGGUACCAUCGACCCGCUGUACCUCGAUCGCUUGUUUUCUUCAUCGUCGGUUUGAUUCAAACAAAUCUAGUACUUUCAAACCUAAUGGCACAGGAUUUGAAAUUCACUAUGGCUCUGGAAGUUUAGAAGGAAUUAUUAGUAAUGAUGUUUUACAAGUAGCAGAUCUUAAAGUUACGGAUCUAGAUUUUGGUGAAUCUAUCAAAGAACCUGGUAUAGUUUUUACUUUUGGCCGCUUUGAUGGUAUUUUUGGACUUGGUUAUGAUAACAUUGCUAUCAAGGGUGUUGUUCCUCCUUUUUAUCAUCUAGUAAACCGUAAAUUAAUUGAUGCACCAAUUUUUUCUUUCUGGCUUAAUGACGCUGAUAAAAAUAAUAAUGCUGUUGGAGGCGAACUGAUUUUCGGUGGUAUUGACGAAUCUCACAUUGCUGAAACUAUUCAUUGGGCUCCCGUUAGAAGAAAGGGUUAUUGGGAAAUUGAACUAGAAAAAGUUAUUUUGGGUGGAGAAGAAGUCGAGAUGGAAGGAACUGGAGCUGCAAUUGAUACAGGAACUUCUCUUAUAGCAGUACCUAAUAUUGUUGCCGACUUGAUUAAUAAACAACUUGGUGCUAAGAAAAACUUUGCUGGCCAAUUUAUCAUCGAUUGUGAGAAAAUACCAUCCUUACCUGAUUUCAGUAUGCAAUUCAAUGGCAAAUUAUUCACUUUAAAUGGUUCUGAAUAUGUCUUGAGAGCUCAAAAUCAAUGUAUUUCCGCUUUUAUUGGUCUUGACAUUCCCGAACCACUGGGUCCUAUUUGGAUAA